UAGAUCGAAUCCACAUGGCAGGUUAUACCUUAGCAGAACAAUUGUACAAGAGUGCUUUGGACUUGGAGUUAUAUUCUAAGAGAGAUUUUUGGUUGGACAUCUCCAGACACGUGUGGAUGUGCUACAUGCCGUUGCCGUUCGAUCAACAUGAUAAUCACCUUUGUUCUUUCAGAGAGAUAUUCUGUGAUGAAUUUCCUGCUUCGUACUUUUCUUUUCUGUGGUCAGAGAUGGUUGCAGCAGACGUGUUCAGUGCUUUUUGGGAAGUUGGAUUAGAUAAUAAAAAACAAAUCAAAGAAAUUGGUAGAAGGUAUGUAACAUUAGUUUAUAAACAACUAAAAUUUGCAAUUAUUUUUAUAAGUUUAUCAAUUAAAAAAUUUGGAUUGGAGAGCGAAGUUUCAAGAUUAUUCAUUAAAUGAGUAUAACUACAUUAAAAUUUAAUGUAUGAAAUCAGAUAUUAUUCAAAAACAAUGACAUAAUUGUCAGAAGUCUAUUAUAACUGAUAGAAACAAUAAUAAGCAUUGAAUCAGUUCUUCAACAUUGUGUUAGCAUUUUGGCAUUAUAUGACUGAAAUUUUACCUUAAAUAAUAUUU